GGAGAGGAUGGAGUUUCCCUGUUUGGCUCUGAUUCUCCUCCACUGGGUCGUGCAAACGAUUGUGGGCGCUGAAGUUCGUGUCACAAGAACACUGGAUUUUCUCGACUUUGUAACAACAGGAAGUGUUAAAAAUUUUGGAUAUGCUGGGGUACAGACACAGCCCUUGAAUCCAGUCAGGAUGUUUGUUCAAGAAUCCCCCCAAUCAAUGACUGACCUUCAUAAUUCACCCACCCAAAUGUCGCCGGGUCGCUGGAAUUGGUCAAAAAAUCAAACCAACGUUCAACAUGUCAACAGUCGAUCAAAGCGGAAACUGUCGAUGAAAUCUGGGAAAAGCAAAAAAAUCUUUGGGUGGGGCGAUUUCUACUUCAGCGUCAAAACAGUCAAGUUCAAUCUGCUGGUGACUGGGAAAAUAGUGGACCACGUCAAUGGGACUUUCAGCGUCUAUUUCAGACACAAUUCAUCAAGUUUAGGGAACGUCUCUGUGAGUAUUGUUCCACCAUCCAAAGUCGUUGAGUUUGACUUGGUGCACCAAUCAACUAUUGAACCCAAGAGCUCCAAGAUGUUUAACUGUCGGAUCGAGUAUGAGAAAACUAACCAUGCGAAGAAGAACAAGCCUUGCCUGUACGACCCAUCAAAACUCUGUUACACGGAACACACUCAGAGUCAUGCUGCCUGGCUGUGUGCAAAGCCAUUUAAAGUGAUAUGUAUAUUCAUUGCUUUCUACAGCACAGACUAUAAACUUGUACAAAAGGUGUGUCCUGAUUAUAAUUUUCAAAAUGAUCAUCCUUAUUUUGGUUGAUGGUAUUUGCUAAGGGCACAUCCGUUUUCUUUCCAGUUGUGGGAUUCACACCGUGCAAAUAAAUGUGUAGUGCGUUACAAAGCUGUAAGAAACUUG